CUGGGGAACCUGGCAACUAGGAGGAGGAACAUGAGAACAGGGAAGUGUCAGACUCCAUUUUCACUCCAUUUUCUGGAUGAGCAGAAGGAAGGAAAGUGAGCAGGUGUUAACGUCCGUCUGCUGAUCACAUGACCCUACGUUUGUCGGUUCACACCUGGUGACAGACGUAAUUUCAUGUGAUCGGAUCCCAGAGACAGAUUUGAACAGCAGGUCUGGAACAAAGAGCCUUAAAAGGACUAAUUAACAGAGUUAACUCACAGUUGUGUCUGUGUGUGUGUGCGUGUGCGUGUGCGUGUGUCCUUGGUAUUUUUUUCUUGUGGUUCUUGAACAGACUUGUUUGUCCUGAUUCCUGUGAGCUCACAGUGUGUUUCAUCUGACGAUGAGUGGUUAUGAGGUGGAAGAGGACGACAGAGCAGAGUCUUCAGUGCUCAGCUGUGUGUCUCUGAAGAGUGACAUGUCCAUGGAACUUCCACUGCUCUUCAGUAAUGAACCUGGACCCUCACACACAGAAGAGAGGAAGAGGAGUCAUGUUUCUGAGGAGGAGCAGUCGUCCUGCUGUGCUUCGUGUCAGGACGUCCUGAAGGAUCCAGUCUCCACCAGCUGUGGACACUGGUUCUGCAGACAGUGCCUCACCUCAUACUGGGACCAGUCUGGUUCUUCAGGAGACUCCUCCUGUCCCCAGUGUGCAGAAAUAUCCAGAACAGGAGCUGGAGCAGAUCGUGGUCUGCAGGAGGUUUUAGAUGAACAUAAACUCAGUCUGAGGAGGAGAUGUGAACAUGUGAAUGAAGGAACUGAUGAAACAGGAAGUAGAACGCUCCUCAACAGGAUCUACACUGAGCUCCUCAUCACAGAGGGACAGAGUGAAGAGGUUAAUACUCAACAUGAGGUGAGGACACUUGAGACGGCUUCCAAGAUGAAGAGCCUCCACGACACUUCCAUCAAGUGCCACGACAUUUUUAAAGUCUCCACUGACCAGCAGAGCAGCAUCAGAGUCGUCCUGACCAACGGCGUCGCUGGCGUUGGAAAAACCUUUUCGGUGCAGAAGUUCACUCGAGACUGGGCAGAGGGUUCAGAAAACCAAGAUGUGGGUCUGCUGACUGUGCUUUCGUUCAGGGAGCUGAACCUGGUGAAAGACCAGCAGCACAGUCUUCUCACGCUGCCGUAUUUUCCAUCCAUUCUCAGACAUGAGAAGAUUCCACAGGAGCUGACGGAGGCUGACAAGGACGUUCUUCUCAAGCUGGGGAAGCUGGCGUUUAAACAUCUGACGAAAGGAAACAUUAUGUUCUAUCAAGAAGACCUGGAGCAGUGUGGUCUUAAUGUCACAGAGGCCUCAGUGUACUCAGGAGUUUGUACUGAGAUCUUCAGAAGAGAGUUAGUGAUCUUCCAGAAAUCAGUCUACUGCUUUGUUCAUCUGAGCGUUCAGGAGUUUAUGGCUGCAGUCUACAUGUUUUACCGUUACACACUCAACACAAAAGAACUCAACAACUUCUUGAGAAUAUCGGAGGACAUAGACAGUACCUUCUCCCUGGAUGACCUCCUGAAGAAGACCAUGAAGAAAUCCCUCACCAGUACAAAUGGUCAUCUGGACCUGUUUGUUCGCUUCCUUCACGGCCUCAGUCUGGAGUCCAACCAGAGAGUCUUAGGAGGCCUGCUGGGUCGGACAGAGAACAAUCCAAAGAUCAUCCAGAGAGUGAUAAACAACCUGAAGGAGAUGCAGAGUGAAGACAUUUCUCCUGACAGAAGCAUCAACAUCUUCCACUGUCUGACUGAGAUGAACGACCACUCAGUUCAUCAGCAGAUGCGACUGUUCCUGAAGUCAGAGAACAAAUCAAAGGAGAAACUCUCAGAGAUCCACUGCUCAGCUCUGGCCUACAUGCUGCAGAUGUCAGAGGAGGUUCUGGAUGAGUUGGACCUGAAGAAGUUCAACACAUCAGAACAGGGUCGACGGAGACUGAUCCCAGCUGUGAGGAACUGCAGGAAGGCUGUACUCGGUGGUUGUGAAUUCUCAGAGACUCACUGUGAAGUCGUGGCCUCAGCUCUGAAGUCAGACCCCUCACUCCUGACAGAACUGGUUAUGAGUAACAACAAGCUGAAGGAUUCAGGAGUCAAGCGGCUGUGUUCUGGACUGGAGAGUCCAAACUGUCGACUGGGGACUCUGAGGUUGGAUCGCUGCAGUCUGUCAGACAUCAGCUGUUCUUCUCUGGGUUCAGCUCUGAGGUCAAACCCCUCUCAUCUGAGAGAACUGGAUCUGAGUAACAACGACCUGCAGGACUCAGGAAUGAAGGAGCUGUGUGGUUUUCUACAGAGUUCAACCUGUCGACUGGAAACUCUGAGGUUGUGGGGCUGCAGUCUGUCAGAGAACCGCUGUUCUUCUCUGGCUGCAGCUCUGAGGUCAAACCCCUCUCAUCUGAGAGGACUGUAUCUGAGCUUCGCCAACGACCCGCAGGACUCAGGAGUGAAGGAGCUGUGUGGUUUUCUACAGAGUCUAACCUGUCGACUGGAGAAACUGGGGUUGUUUGGCCACAGACUGUCAGAGAUCAGCUAUUCUUCUCUGGCUUCAGCUCUGAGGUCAAACCCCUCUCAUAUGAGAGAACUUGGUCUGGGCCAAAACUACAACAUGCGGGACUCAGGAGUGAAGGAGCUGUGUGGUUUUCUACAGAGUCCAACCUGUCGACUGGAGACUCUGAGGUUGGGGGGCUGCAGUCUGUCAGAGAUCAGCUGUUUGUCUCUGGCUUCAGCUCUGAGGUCAAACCCCUCUCAUCUGAGAGAACUGAAUCUGACUAACAACUGCCUGCAGGACUCAGGAGUGAAUGAGCUGUGUGGUUUUCUACAGAGUCCAACCUGUCUACUGGAGACUCUGAGUUUGGAGAACUGCAGACUGUCAGAGAUCAGCUGUUCUUCUCUGGCUUCAGCUCUGAGGUCAAACCCCUCACAUCUGAGAGGACUGUAUCUGAGUAAUAACCUCCUGCAGACCUCAGGAGUGAAGGAGCUGCUUGAUCUACAGCAGAGUUCAACCUGUCGACUGGAGACUGUAAGCUGGAAGUGAUCUUUGUUUAGCUGAGUGUGAAGAGGAAGAGGACAGUGUGUGUGGACAGAGGCUGAGCUGUGUCCUGAGGAUCCAGAGGCUGAAGCAGCAGCAGCUUGUGUGUAGAGCGGCUCUGACUGGGCCUUGUUUCUGGGAAGCAGAAUGGAGACAGAGCUCCAGAAGAAUCAGAGGAGGUUGUUGUAAUAUGAAACACCACCACUAGAUGGCCCUCGCUACCGAUUGUGUUUAUUCACAUGAAGAAUGUGUUUAUUGAAAUGAAAAACACAAGCAGAAUAUAUAAACCCUCUAUAAAGAGUAAAAUAUGUACAUGUGUGUACAGAUGGCGCUGUAGUAUAACAGCAGAACAUCCCAGUCAAAGCCUUUAUAUUCAGUCUAUGAGUCAAACACAUGGAUCAUUUCCUCUGUGACAAACCAGAUGUAACGAGAAGAAAAACAUCUCAGAGAGAAAAGUUCUGUUUCGUGUCUCUGCUUUAAUGCUCAAUAAACAUCCUUCGACAGAC